UUCAACGGAUUUUACGCGCAGACAUUCGCUAGAAGUGAUCUUUGAUAUUAGAGAGAGAAAAUAAAAAUUAAAGCUUUUUUCUACGGCCACCCAUUUUCGUCUUCGAUCAGCCAAAACAAACCCAGUUUCUUUCUUUCCAAACAUUAGAGAGAAAAGAAAUCUGAAAACCCAAUUAUCAGAUUGGACCCAAGUGGUGGUUCUCUCUUUCUCUCUCAAAAAGGUAAAAUUUGCUUCUUUAUCUCUUAAUAUGAACUACCCAGAUCUUUGAAUCAAAUUUUUGUUUUUUUGAUUUUCAAAAAAACCCAUUUUCAUUUCAUCGAUAUGCAACACAACAUUUUCACUUCGAUGCGAAGUUUGAAAAUAAUGGAUGGAUGUAAAGGUACACAAGUAUACGCCCUAAAUGGUACCUCCGGAGGUAACAUCGGUAGUGUGGGUGAGAAAUUUCUUCAUCAUCUUCAAGAUCAUUUAAGGGUUAAUUCCAUUAGAUCGAAAUCUACUCGUCAUUCUCCAAAUAACCCACCAUCUGAUAGCAAUGCUCUUUUAGCUGAAGCUCUUGCAACUUAUGGCCUUCCCCAGACAGAUUUACUUGAACCUCCUAUUGAACCUUAUCUUAAACCAGUUGAUUUUGUUGAAACCAUGGCUGAUUUGUAUAGAAGAAUUGAGAUUUCACCCCAGAUUGAUAAAUCGGGAAUGUAUAUUGAACAAUGUGCUUUGUUUAGAGGAUUAUCUGAUCCUAAAUUGUUCAGAAGAAGUUUAAGAUCUGCUAGGAAGAAUGCUGUUGAUGUUCAUUCUAAAGUUGUGAUUUCAGCUUGGUUGAGAUAUGAAAGAAGGGAAGAUGAAUUAAUUGGGUUUUCUUCCAUGGAUUGUUGUGGAAGAAAUGUUGAAUGCCCAAAAGCAAGUUUGGUAUCUGGGUAUAUCCCGGAAUUCAUUUAUGAUCAAUGUUCAUGUUACAAAACAAACCCUAGAAAACAUAGUCUCGCCGGAGAAGAUGAAGAAGAAGAACUUUGUUCGACUUCGUUCGACGAAGGUGAUUCCGAUAUAUCGUUUUGCAUUGGGGACGAUGAGAUAAGAUGUAAUCGAUAUAACAUGGCCAUGCUUUCUUCACCCUUUAAAGCAAUGUUAUACGGUGGUUUCAUCGAAUCUAGAAGAGAAAAGAUCAAUUUUACGCAAAUUGGGAUUUCUGUUAAGGGAAUGCAAGCUGCAGAGAUCUUUAGUCGAAUGAAAACGAUCGAUUCUUUCGAACCCGACAUUGUUCUUGAGCUUCUUUCGUUAGCUAAUCGGUUUUGUUGCGACGAAUUGAAGUCGGCUUGCGAUUCGUAUCUAGCCUCGUUGGUUACCGAUUUGGAGAGAGCUUUAUUGCUAAUGGAAUAUGGUUUGGAGGAGACAGCUUACAAUUUGGUAGCAGCUUGCUUACAAGUGUUCUUGCGAGAGCUACCUGUUUCCUUAUACUCUCCAAUCGUGAUGAAAUUCUUUUGUAGUUCGGAUUCUCGAGAGAGGUUAAAACUCGCGGGUCAUUCGUCGUUCUUGUUGUACUAUUUCUUGAGCCAGGUUUCUAUCGAGCAUGAUAUCGCAUCGAACACCACGGUUUUGUUAUUGGAAAGGCUAGCCGAAUCUUCAACAUUCGGUUGGCAGAAGCAGCUCGCGUUUCAUCAACUUGGCUGUGUUAUGCUAGAACGACGCGAGUUUAAAGACGCGCAGAAUUGGUUCGAGGCCUCAUUCGAAUCGGGGCAUGUUUAUUCGGUUGUGGGCGUGGCUCGGGCGAAGUUCAAACGUGGGCAUAAGUUUUCGGCUUAUAAACUAACAGAUUCGUUAAUUUCAGAUUAUAUGCCCGUUGGUUGGAUGUAUCAAGAAAGGUCAUUGUAUUGUAAUGGAAAAGAGAAGAUGUCGGAUUUGGAUACGGCUACGGAUUUGGAUCCAACACUUUCUUAUCCUUACAAGUAUAGGUCCGUUUGUUUGAUGGAAGAGAAGAGGAUCGAGGAAGCUAUAGCCGAGAUCGAUGGGAUAAUAAGGUUUAAGGUUUCGCCGGAUUGUCUUGAGCUUAGGGCGUGGUUUUCGGUUGCGAUUGAAGAUUAUGAAGGCGCGUUAAGAGAUGUUAGGGCUAUUUUAACGUUGGAACCGUCUUAUAUGGUGUUUCAUGGGAAGUUACAAGGCGAUCAUUUGGUUGAGAUUUUACAUUCGAAUGUACAACAAUUGAAACAAGCCGAUUGUUGGAUGCAACUUUAUGAUCGAUGGUCUUCUGUCGAUGAUAUCGGUUCUUUGGCUGUGGUGCAUCACAUGUUAUCGAAUGAUCCCGGAAAGAGUCUUUUGUGGUUUCGACAAUCUCUCCUUUUACUAAGGUUAAAUUGUCAAAAGGCCGCGAUGCGAAGUCUAAGGUUGGCUAGAAACCAUUCGACUUCAGAACACGAAAGGCUCGUUUACGAAGGAUGGAUUCUAUACGAUACGGGUCAUCGAGAAGAAGCGUUAACAAAAUCAGAAGAGUCCAUCUCUAUACAAAGAUCAUUUGAAGCAUUUUUCCUUAAAGCAUAUGCUUUGGCAGACACAAAUCUUGAUUCAGAAACAUCCUCGUACAUUAUCAAACUUCUAGAAGAUGCACUUCGUUGUCCCUCGGAUGGGCUUAGAAAAGGACAAGCGUUGAACAAUUUGGGAAGCAUAUACGUAGAUUCCGACAAGUUGGAUCUAGCAGCCGAUUGUUACACAAACGCGCUCAACAUAAGGCAUACCCGAGCCCAUCAAGGUCUUGCACGAGUUUAUCAUCUAAAGAAUCAAAGAAAGGCUGCAUUCAACGAGAUGACAAAGUUCUUGGAGAAGGCGAAGAACAAUGCGUCGGCUUAUGAGAAACGUUCAGAAUAUUGUGAUCGAGAUAUGGCGAAGAAAGAUCUUAGCAUGGUCACACAAUUAGAUCCCCUCAGAACAUACCCUUAUAGAUACCGGGCUGCAGUUCUGAUGGACGAUCACAAAGAAGAUGAAGCGAUAGAAGAGUUAUCAAAGGCGAUAGGUUUCAAACCAGACCUACAAUUGCUCCAUCUUCGAGCAGCAUUCCACGAUUCAAUGGGAAACCAUCUUUUAACCGCAAGAGAUUGCGAGGCAGCACUCUGUCUCGAUCCUUCCCAUUCUGAUACAGUUGAGCUUUACAAUAAAGCCUGUGCUCGAGUUGAUGAACAACAAAAAAGGAAAUAAGACGAAUGUUGUUGUUUUCAUGGAAUAUCUGCGAAAAGAAGGAACUAGGAAAGAAGAAAAAAGCCUUUUUUUUCCUAAUCCGAGAGAGAUAGGCGGUUUAUAAUGGAACAAGCAAAAUAGCCUACUUGUACAUGCAUAUAUCGAUAUUUAAGCAAAACUAUACAACAUUGAUUCAUUUUUCAUGAAUUUUACAAAACAAAAACAAAAAAAAGGCAUUUUGCAACAGUCGAAAACCAUUUAAAUAUGUCGCGGUUUGGGAUCAGAGUCGGGUGGAAAGGAAGCUUUGUUGUUGUUUUGCAUGAGAAAGAGCAAUGCGGUUCUUAUUGUCUCUACUACAACUAACACAACACGCUUUUGUCUUUCGAAUGCACGUGGUCCCUUUGUAGGUGUCGAAAAAGAUAAGGUUCCUUUUGUGUAUUUAUUGUUUUGUAUGACAUUUUCCAUGGUUGAUGUUUUCAACCUUCUCUUGAAAAUGAGUGUUUUGAUUUUGAGCAUUUGCUGAAAUUUGCAAUAUCUUUCAAUGAUAAAUUGAAAAUGACUCAUGUGGGCUAUGUUUAGUUUGA